AUGCUGACCAGCAUCACUGAGGGGAUCCUCUGCUGCCUGACUGGGAAGGCUGCCAGUCUGGUCUUGCCCCUGGAGUCGUCGGAACCCUCCGAUGGGUUUGAGUUUGUGGAGGUGAAACCUGGAAGAGUCCUGCGAGUGCGGCACAUCGUCCCUGAGCGUCAGCCCAUAGUAACAGAGGACCAAGUUGCAGACAAAGAGAAAAGGGACGGGAACCGCGAUGAUGAAGGCUCUCCUCACAGUAAUAAGAGCAACACUGGCAGCAGUGUCCACUGCAAGAGGAAGAUCACUGUCUACCGCAACGGCCAGUUGGUGAUCGAGAAUCUCGGUGACGUUUUGCACUCUGAGAUCCUGCAGUGUCAGGAUGGGGAUCUGGAGCCAUGCAGCACUGUGGAGGUGGAGCUGGCAGACUACAAAGAAAUAGCCUCCUCUCCAGACCCCAAACCUGUUCCUCCUCCAGUUCCUCCGCCUCACGGGGAACAGAAGCCUGCUCCACCUCCUCGCCGCCGCCGUCGCAAGCCAAAGCGCACAGUGGUUAUAGACUCAAAGAGGGUGAUCGCGAGCUGCAAAGGGACGCACUCAGACGUAGCGUUGUUCUUUGUGCAUGGCGUGGGAGGCUCUCUGGACAUUUGGGGCAGCCAGCUGGACUUCUUCUCUCGGCUAGGCUAUGAGGUCAUUGCGCCGGAUCUGGCAGGGCACGGAGCCAGUACUGCCCCACAGAUUGCAGCAGCUUAUACUUUUUCUGCCCUGGCUGAGGAUCUACGCGCCAUCUUCAAGAGAUACGCUCGGAAACGCAACAUUCUCAUCGGCCACUCAUAUGGGGUGUCAUUUUGCACCUUCCUGGCCCAUGAAUAUCCCGAUUUAGUCCAUAAGGUGGUGAUGAUCAAUGGAGGAGGUCCGACAGCUCUGGAGCCCAGCCUCUGCUCCAUAUUCCAGCUGCCAUCCUGCGUCCUUCACUGUCUGUCACCCUGUCUGGCCUGGAGCUUCCUCAAAGCGGGUUUUGCUCGUCAGGGCACAAAAGAAAAGCAGCUGCUGAAGCAGGGCAAUGCCUUCAACGUGUCACCGUUCGUCCUGCGAGCCAUGAUGAGCGGCCAGUACUGGCCAGAGGGGGAUGAGGUCUACCAUGCUGAACUCACUGUUCCCAUCCUUCUGGUUCAUGGCAUGUGUGACAAGUUUGUGCCAAUGGAUGAGGAUCAACGCAUGGCAGAGAUCCUCCUAUUUGCCUUCUUAAAAGUCAUCGAGGAAGGCAGUCACAUGGUCAUGAUGGAGUGUCCCGACACUGUCAACACUCUUCUCCAUGAGUUCUUCCUAUGGGAACCCGACAUGUCCAAGAAAGACAGCUGCAAGACAGACACAGAGAAGACAGUUGCUGCCAGUGACACUCUCCACACCCUGAAAAUCAACAAGUCGAUGGAUAAAUAA